AGACUGAGCGGAGACCAGCUAUGCAACCGCAAGAAUAAUGGCCGAAGCGAUUUUCAAAGGAGCUCCUGUCAUCAUCAAGGGCCUCCAGAAGGAAGAGUACACCCACUUCAAUGGCCAGAAAGGGGUUGUCACUGAUGGUCCAUCAGAGACCGGCCGCUACGAGGUGAGACUGCAGGGCGCAGGCUACAAGGAAGACAAGGUCCUGGCAUUGAAGCCGUCCAACUUCCAACUGGAUUUGGAUGCUCUCCAGGAAUACGUUCUGAAGAAAAGAGUGGAAAAAGCUCAACGAGAUCCACCUCUUGAGGACCUUUCUGUGCUAUGGACCAAGGGCAAAGGCUUGUCUGCGAAAAGCCUUACUUGGAAGAGACCCGUAGCUUUCCAAAUGGGAAUGCGCGAGCUAAGCCUGCGCAUUUUGCUUUGCCGGCUGUGCCCCAGCCCGUUCAUUUGGUUCUGUGUGGCAUCCUGGCUUGCCUCUGUGGCUUCUGCAUCCGCAGCUGCUGAUACGGAAGUUCUACGAUUGCGAGCCUCCAGAUCUGCAAGUUCCAUUGGAAGCUUCUCUUCCGCGUCGCCACGGCGCCAAACCGCAAUUUACCGCUUUGGAAGCUCUGCUCUGCUUCCAAAGGGUGUAGAUGGGCCGGAGAUUGCCAGUAUUGAUGCACGGGAGAACCAGCAAGCUGAAGAUGAAGCUGUAGAUGCUGUAGAUACAGUUGAGAAAAGCUUGCCGGCAGGCACAAUGAUUCUACUUGGCCUUGCCAGUUUGAUCUUCCCCAUGAUUGUUUACAUUUGCCCCAGAUUGCGAAAGUCAGAUACAAUUCCACUCCAUCAAGGGUAUGCAGCUGUUCCACGAUCAGAGGUCAUUGGACAUGGUGCUGAUUUUCCGCAUGGCGCCCCGCUCACAAACAGCACCAUCCAUCUGCCACCUGCAGAGUCUGCACAGGGGACACAAUUCUUUUACAUUGGUGAAGAGAAUGCGACUGAUGCUACUGAGAAUGCAGAUGCUGAUGAGCCCCAGGCCAUGGUUGGCUACACUUCAGCGCUAGAAGCUCCGCCCACAGAAUCAGAACCAGAAGCAGAGCUGUGCCCAGAAUCAAACGUACCUUCUCCGUCUCACACGGCUCAGGUCAAUCAGAUCACAGUGCCUGCGGCUGUGACACUUCCAAAACUUGCUCAACCCAUCCCACAGUCAUCUCACAGUGUUCACAGUUCUGUGCUCCCAGAAGCAUUUCAGCCAGAAGAUGCAAAAGGCUCCACACGCUCCCGAAUGCUGAUGCUCUAUGCUUCUCCACUUUGUCGGACUGACGCUCGAGGACCUGCGCCACUGCCAGCUCUAUGCUUUGAGAAGGAGUGGAAAACUGUCCUCAAAGCUUCAGCAGAAGCCCACUGCGGCCCAACAGCAUUUGCAGCACGAGCCCUUACAUCAGGAAGCCUUCAACGAGCUUUGUCUCCUGGUACCUCGGUGGGAAGCACAAUCCUUCACCUCUCAGCUCAUGGAACACCUCAAGGCCUUGUGCUGGAGGAUGGGAAGGGAAGUGCGCACCUCUUGAAGUUUGAACUUCUGCAAGAAAUGCUGGCUUUGAGAGAAAGCGGCCAGUCACCAUGUGAGUUGGUGGUGGUAAAUGCGUGCCACUCCAGCGCUGUUGGCCAAUUCUUGGCAGAAUCCGGAAUACCACACGUGGUUUGUUGCAAUGACCGGGUCCUCGACUCGUGGGCGGAGCCCUUCAUUAAAACUUUCUACACGACACUUUUUGGUGGCAGUACCGUUGCGGCAGCUUUCAGCACAGCUUCUCUUCAGUUGCAAUGCCAACCUGGAAUCCCACGUGAGGCGGCUCAGUGCUUUUGCCUCCUGCCAGAGGGUGCUGCACAUGAUGGUGUGAUCUUCCCACGCAAGAUGGGUCUUCGGAAACCUCUGAGGAUCUCCAGCCUGCCAUUUGAACAAACUCUGCCUGAGCUGCCGGAAGAUUUCAUUGGACGGACUUUGGAUGUUUGGUCGAUCGUCCAGCAUCUGAGUGUUCGACGUCUUGUUGCGGUUUGCAAUCAAAAUGCUCAAUCUCCCAUCGCUGGCCUCGGAAAGUCAGCCCUUUUGGAUGCCGUGCACCGCACAGCUGCGCUGCACAUGCAGAUGCGCUGUGUUGGGGUUCGUGUCGGAACAGACGUCCAGGACUGCACAUCAUGGCUCUUGGCCCUGAGAUCAGCAGUCCAGCUUGCACUGGCGGAAGAGGAGUGGCUUGGCUCAAGUGCGCGAAAGGGCUGUUUCCAGCCUCGGCCAAGUGGCUCAGCACGUCGAAAAUGCCUUCCUCGAAGGCAGUUGCGCAAGACUCUUCAAGAACUACCUUCAGAGGAGGAAUUGCUGGACUCCUUGUGCCAUGAUAUUGGCCUUCUGGCCUUGCAGUGGCAUAGGCGAACUACUGCUGCAGCACUUGCACCUAGCACUGUGAGCAGAGGAGAUGCUAUGCUGCCUGUGGUCUCUGCCCGAAACAGUGGCUGUGACGUGCUUCUGAUGGUUCAUGGAUGCGAUCAGUUGUUGGAGAGGCAGCCAGUUGAAAUGCAAAAUGCAAUCUCUGCUCUACUUCGUCAUUGUCCCGUACGUCUUGUCUUGAGCUCCAGGUCCAGAAUGGGUCCUGGCUGUGGCCAAUUCAAGGUGGUUCAAUACGAGCUUGCCGGCUUGCAGCCAACUGAUGCAGCUCGUUUGUUCCUUCGCCGGGCUCAGCGGCCUCUACGAUGGAAGGAGG